GUACAUUCGCUUCUGCUGAAGAGGACCGGGAAGGACGAGAAGCAAAUACUGCUUCUGGGUCAGACGGUGUGCGUGGCCGCGUUUCGCAAGAUUGUAGGCCUCGGCUCCACUCGAUUCAGGAAAUUGCAAGGAGCAGCACGCUUGGACGAGGCUCCGCCUAUGGAUGGCCGGUUUAUUUCCAGGAAGGGGCUCUUCUACAGCAAGAGCUCUGAGAAACGUCAGCUCGUGAUUGAGUUUUUGCAAGAGCUUCACGACACAUUGGCUGAACCGAUGCCCACCGCGCCCAGACAAGUAGGUGGAGAGAGCGUCAAGCUCCCCAAUCUGCGACCUCUUCGUUCCAAGCGACCGCGUGCUUUCCUAAAGCGUGCUCGGGGCUUCUGGAGCAGCAAUGGGCUGGUUGGUUCCCAAGCUGACGCUGGUGGUCUGGUUGGUGCCACCCGUUGCCUGCCCCCCGGCAGUUUCAAGGAGUAUUGGGCAAUGUUGAAUCAAAAGCUACGGUCCUCCCCAGAUGGUCAAAGCGUGAGCUACCAGUUGUUUCUGAAAGUGUGGGCAGAUGACUUUCCCAAGAUGGGUCUGCGUGAACGAUCACAGCACGCGAAGUGCGCUACUUGCAUCAAGUACCGCCUCCUCAUCAAAAAGUUGAAACAGGACAGGCGUGCUCAGGUGCGGCAACAAGACGAAUACGCUCGUCACCUUUCGAGACAGUAUCGCGACAGAUGCGUGUAUUGGGCGUCCCGCUCCUUGUCCCGGCAGAUGUUCGGGCCGGACGGACGUUGCACACUUGUUAUAAUAGUGGAUUUCAUGGACAGGGCCAAGUUUAAGUUCCCUCGCAGCCCUUGCAUGAGUUCCAAAGAACUCACCAGUUUCAACCGUCCAAACGUCGAUUUGACAGCCUGCAUUUGCCACGGUCACAGUGUGCUGUUGUGCCUUGCAGAAGGCACCGUCCUCAAGGACUCGAGCUGGACAUGCGAGAUCAUAUGUUACGCGCUCGACACCAUCGCGGCCCGAGGCAUCUCGGAUUUGAGAAUGACACAUGUCAUUCUCCAGGCGGACAACGCCACGAAGGAGCUGAAAAAUAUGACGAUGCUGCGGUGGGGCAGCAUCUUGCUUUCGAGACAUCGCCUGCUUUCCCUUGAAUGCCGAUACUUACAGAGCGGACACUCUCACGAAGACAUAGAUUCCACUCUCUUCGCCACCAUCCACACAGCGCUCGAGGCUUCUGCGGAGUUGCAGGAGGUGGAAGACAUUUCACGGGUGCUGGAGAAU